UCGUCUAACAUGAACCCUACGCUUGUAUGAUUAAAAUGCCGACCCAACGCGUCAAUCAAGACGGCAGUCCGUCGUGCCGACCUAUGGCCUGCAACUCUUGUCGCAUAAUGAAGGUAAAAUGUGAUGCCGACGAACUGGGCACCGGUACUUGUUCCAGGUGUCUUAAGAUGGGCCGCAAGUGUUGUAUUAUCAAACCAGUAGGGCGGCGCAUCCGCAAAACGCAAGUAACACCACUUCCUAUGAGUGGCCACUGCUAACAGCUUGUAGCAAGAUGCAACUUGAACAAGAGUUGCAGCAGCUCAGAACCUCUGUUGAACAGGAUUCAGAUCAACCUAUUGGCGAUUCUGGGUUCAUGGAACCUAGCACGCCAACAAUCUCAGCGCCGAGUGAGGCUCAUACAAUUGCAAUGCCACCCAGAUAUGAAAGCACCCAGCGUGCUGGCAUAGCAGCAGAUGCAUCGGUGGAACGAACUGUCUUGGGGACACUGCCCCGAAAACUUGGUGACUUUGAACUCCCUCCACGCAAGAUUGAUGGCUGUAUCAAAGAAUUUUUUGAGUUCUAUGCAGAUAAUCUAGAAGGGCUCUUUCAUGGGUUACAAAACCCAAACACAUUGUACGAAUACUCUCCAGUACUUUUCUGGACAAUUGUCUACGUUGGCUCGCGCAACUACACGAGAGACCCAACUAUCUUGGAGCGAAUCAUCAGCCCUCUUCAAAGUGUAUUCCAACAGUCACUGUUUGACCCGGAAGAUGCGAUACCUAGUAUUCAAUCGGCAUUACUUCUCUGUCUAUGGCCUUUUCCAGUGGAUACACUGUUCAAGCUGCGCACUCAUGUUAUAUCUGGGGCGGCAAUGAUGCUGGCCAUGCAGAAAGGAUUGCACAUUUCUGGAAAGGCUCAGGAUUUUGUCCGGGUCCCCCUUUCACAAUCAAAUGUCGAAAAAGAGUUCCGCAAAACUCUUUGGAUGCAUUGCCAGAUUGUUUUUCAAAGCAAUUCAAUUUACGACGGUUUGCCGCCCAGGUUGGAAAUGCAAGAGGAGCAUCUCGAUGAUUCCGAAAUCGCGGCCGAACACAGCUUUCUUGUAUAUCAUUAUCACCUACAUGUCCAUUUUAUGAGAAGAUAUAGGUUGAUUUUGAGUAUUUCAGACCUAAGCACCGAAAUUGGUCUUCGUAUCAUCGACCAUGCAAAAAUAUCAUUUCAGCAAGACAUUUGUUUGCUUGUUGAACUUAUCGAUAUUAGCCCAUUGCGCAAGUUCGCUUAUCACAGCGCGAUGCUGCUUUUUGGAGUGUUCUAUUUCUUUUGCGGGCCCGGUACAGGCCGUGAUGACGGUAUUAAACAGGCGUAUACAUCUGCUAUUGCCAUCCUCAGUGAUGCCAAACGAUUGGACGAACAGCGAGGCUUUGCAAAUCAUGCCACUCAUGCCCAUUUGCGUAUUGUGUCGCUGGCCGCAGUUGUCGUUCUCCGUGUGAUGCGGAGUCAUCUUGCGGAGUUAGUUGAGGAAUCUCCAGAGUUGGCUGAGUCCCUUUACUUCGAAGCGAUUCAACUGUCGAAAAAAUCAAGUGUGCGCUUGAACGACCUUGGUGGUCGAAACGCAAGCAUUCUUACUCAGCUGUGGUCUUCAGCCCGCCUCUUUCAAUUCAAAGACGGAUCUGUAGAUGGAUUGAAGUUACUUCUCAGAGGUCGAUUGGUACGUUUUCAUCCCUUUGUACGCUGCGUAAUGGCAAUCUAAAAUCAGCAGUGUAUGAGCCUCGUACUAGACACGCACUGGUGGUGGCGUGCCGAGUUUGGAGGCAAGACAAACCCGUAUUUAGAAUCGGAGACUGCCAAAAGUCAGGAACCUAGUCGAGCAAACCCUGUAUUGCAAGAAAAUAAUGAUACGGCGCUGGAACCACAGCCCUUGGCUAUUGACCCAUCAUUGCUUCCGAGCUUCCUGGACGACGCUCUUCCAAAUUGGAAUAUGGACGACACAGCGGAUUUUGGUCUAGAAUGGUUUUAGAGCGGUUUGAUCACGAAAGGAUGCGGAAUUGGAGUUACAGGCGAUCACAUGAAUUUGUUAUAACUAAAAAUGUUUCUACUGUAGUGUAAUGUAAUCAAGCAAUAGGGUUCUUAGCCAAACGACCCAUGAGCUCAUAGAGCCCUGAAACAUCUUCUUGCGUAUCCAGGGACAGGAUAAACUUCUCUAUACUGUCGGUCGUCUCUUGGUCAAUUACAUUCUUUGUGAGUUGUCUCCAUUUAUCAACAAUCUCAUCAUUGGUAAGUGGUGGGAUAAUGCCCCGCGCGCCGUCCUUUGCAUAAGAGAUUUCAGUGCUAUCUUCAAAUUCAAUUCUGACGUUCUGGCGCGAAAAGGGCCAUUCGGAAUCUGUAGCAAGCACACACUCGGUCAAAUCUGUUAGUCUCCAAGUGUCCUCGUUCUCAAGUUGCUCCGGCGUAAACUGAACGGGCAUGACUGAGCCAUGAACGAUCUGGGUAGCCGCGACAAACGAGUUACUCAUCUGUGCGCCGGUGCUGGUUAGUGGCCGCGUCGUCUUCCAGCCGCCGUGGUGAAAGGCUGCAUCUCCGAGUGUAAUGGUGACCUUUUUGAUGGCCUUGAUAUCCUUCAUCUUCUCCGGGUGCUCCUCCUGGAGCUGGCGAACGCAGUCAAUUGUCGGAUGCGUGCCCGCCAUAGCAGCAUACGCCUUGAUGCAGAUAUUCUCCGUCUGCCACGUCUGGCCUAGUCCUUUGACUAGCUCAUCGGGGAGAUACGCCGGUGUCUUGCCAUUUCCAGCGCUGAACUGGGUCAAGAAGCCUCCAUAGUCACGCUCAAACACCUUUUUGAUGCCGAUGUAACCAUCCCGAGCGAGCAUUGCUGCCAUCAAACCGUUUCUGGCCGCGAAGCCAUGCUGCAUGCGCUUGACCUCACUUUCAAACUGAGCUGACAUGAGGCCACAAGCCUGGGUACAGGCGAUGCCAAACGCGUCUUCCACCUUGCCGGCGUCGAGCCCCAAGAGCUUCGAAACACUGGCUGCGGAGGCGGCAGGGCCAAAGACUGCUCCAGAGUGCCAGCCCUUGGAGAGUACAUGUGACCCAUAUAGAGCAAGACCGACUCUUGGGCCAACUUCGUAUCCGGCAACAGUGGCUAGGAUCAGAUUCCUGCCGUCGAUGCGAGUGUCGGAUUCUUUACCUGUGACAUGCUGGGCUGCAGCAAACAAAGCAGGUAAUAGGAUGGAAUUGGAAUGUAGGGGAGCACGGCUGUGCCAGUCGUCCAGCUCAAAGCCCUGGAUAAAGGUACUGUUCACCAGCGCGGCUGUCAAUGCAGUGGCCUUGCGGCCCUCCCAGCCAAAGAUGGUGGCGUCGCCAGCAAAGGGAUGCUCUAGAGAGAGGAGGGCUGUAGCGGCCUUUUCGGACCACGGCAAGUGAGAGCCUACAAAUGCGCAGGCUAGGCCGUCAAGAAUAAGGUACUUGGUCCUGGUGAUGAUGGACUCUGGGAUCUCAUCGUAUGUAAGAGCUGAGACCCAUUUGGCGAGGGUUUCGGUUGGGCUAGAUUCUGCCAUUUUGAUGGGUUGCGGGUAAAUGUGAUGAGAUUGGAUAAUAAAAGGGAUCCUGCAUGAGUGGUUAGGCCCGAUG